GGGCAGCAGCACAUGACUCCCAGGACUGAGCGAGGCUCUCAUAGCGCAUGAUGGCUGCGGGGGAUGCGGCUGUGCGGCGCCGCUCCGGGGCUCCCCCACCCUCCGGGGCUCCGCUCCGCCUCGGACCCGCGCCCCGGGCUCCGCUCCCUCCGUCCCGGCUGCUGCUCCUGUCCCUGGUCCUCCUGCUCCUCCUGCUCCCCGCCCCGGCGCGCUGCCUGCUCGGGUUCCGGCCGGAGCGCACCGGCGCGGAGCUGUCCGUGGAGGACGGGGUGCUGAAAGCCACCGAGGGGACGCGCUUCACGCUGCGGGUUUACUACUCCUCCUCCCCGCAGAGGCUCAACCGCACCGCCGGGACCCGCGCCAACAACGCCGCGCCCUGGAUCGCCUUCAUCGAGGAGCCCGUUCCCGGCCGGGAGGGCCAGGUCCACCCCAAACGGAACAAGUGCAUGGACAAGAACGCCAGGACGUCCGACAUCGAGGUGCUGGGCUCCUUCAAGUCCGCUUCCAGCCAGAACUCGGUGCUGGUGGAGCUGCUGGCCAAGGACCUGCGCAGGGGGGAGAAGGUCAAGUACUACUCCAUGUGCGCCUUCGACGGGUCCCGGUGGGAGCACUACCGGACCCGGGACUUCUGGGUGGCCGUGGCGGAGCGCCGCGCCGCCCCGGAGCUGUGGCUGCAGGUGCUGGUGUCGGUGCUGCUGCUGGGGCUGUCCGCGCUGUUCAGCGGGCUGAACCUCAGCCUGCUGGCCCUGGACCCCGUGGAGCUGCAGGUGCUGCAGAACAGCGGCACCGACACGGAGCAGAAUUACGCGCGGAAGAUCGAGUCCGUGCGUCGGCACGGGAACUACGUGCUGUGCACGCUGCUGCUGGGCAACGCCAUCAUCAACGCCUCGCUGGCCGUGUGGAUGUGCCAGAUCCUGGGCAUGACCUGGCUCUCCACGGUCAUCUGCGCCUUCGGCAUCUUCUUCAUCGGGGAGAUCCUCCCGCACUCCGUGGCGUCGCGGCACGGCCUCGCCAUCGCGUCCAAAACCAUCUGGGUGACGCGGCUGCUGAUGGUGCUCUCCUUCCCCAUCUCCUACCCCAUCAGCAAGCUGCUGGACCUCAUCCUCAACCAGGAGAUCUCCAACUUCUACACCCGGGAGAAGCUGCUGGAGAUGCUGCGCGUCACGGACCCGUACCACGACCUGGUGAAGGAGGAGCUGAACAUGAUCCAGGGCGCGCUGGAGCUGCGCUCCAAGACCGUGGAGGACGUGCUGACGCCGCUGUCCGACUGCUUCAUGCUGGCCUCGGACGCGCUGCUGGACUUCAACACCAUGUCGGAGAUCAUGCAGAGCGGCUACACCAGGAUCCCCGUGUUCGAGAACGAGAGGUCCAACAUCGUGGACAUCCUGUUCGUCAAGGACCUGGCGUUCGUGGACCCGGACGACUGCACGUCCCUGAAGACCAUCACCCAGUUCUACAAGCACCCGCUGCACUGCGUCUUCAACGACACCAAGCUGGACGCCAUGCUGGAGGAGUUCAAGAAAGGGAAGUCCCACCUGGCCCUUGUGCAGCGAGUGAACAACGAGGGCGAGGGCGACCCCUUCUACGAGGUGAUGGGGAUCGUCACCCUGGAAGAUGUCAUUGAGGAAAUCAUCAAGUCGGAGAUCCUGGAUGAGACAGACCUGUACACGGACAAUCGCACCAGGCGCCGUGUUUCCCACCACGAGCAGAAGCAGCAGGACUUUUCCAUCUUCAAGUUGUCAGAGAAUGAGAUGAAGGUGAAGAUGUCCCCUCAGCUGCUGCUGGCCACGCACCGCUUCCUCUCUACAGAGGUGGAGCCCUUUAAACCUGCUCACAUCUCAGAGAAGAUCCUGCUGAGGCUGAUCAAGCACGCCAGCGUGGUGCAGGAGCUCCAGUUUGACGAGAAGAACAAGCGAGCGCCGCAGCAUUUCCUGUUCCAGCGCAACAAACCGGUGGACUACUUCGUCCUAGUGCUGCAGGGUCGAGUUGAGGUGGAGUUUGGUAAAGAGGCACUGAAGUUUGAGAAUGGAGCUUUUUCCUACUUUGGCGUUCCCGCCAUCAUGCCAACUGUCCACAGGUCUCCCUCUCGCAGCAGCGGCCUGGAUCGCUCCGAGUCCAUGCUGUACGGAGGAAGUGUGGGUCAGCUGAACGGAGGCAGCAACGUCUACCUGCCGGACUACUCCGUCAGACAGCUCACUCCCCUUCAGAUCCUCAAGAUCAACCGGGGCCACUACCAGAACGCUCUGACGGCCACCAGGAUGGACACCUCCCCUCAGACGCCUGACGCCGACACGCGCCUGACGGAGGGCAACACCCAGACGCCCGAGCCUCCGGCCACCGCCUACGGGGCAUCACUCAUGCCCCCCGAGCACGUCAGCACCGCCACCCUCAUGCCCCCGCCCCGGGAUCACUGCCGGCCCAGCUCGGCCCGCAGCAGAGGCCAGCAGCUCAGCGUCCCGCCCAGCACCUCCCUCCUCAACGAGAAGAACCGCAUCGUCCGGAGUAAAUCUGACGGCCAGAAGAGUCCCAGUGAUUCGGUGUUUCUCAGGAUGGAUGAGAUCCCCUACAUCAGAGAGGACCGAUCAGAGACAGAUGGACUUGCUGACAUGGCCUCUGUUCCCAUGGAAACGGACACAUCCCCUUUCAUUAGCAGCCUGUCGCUGAGCAGCUCCGAGGACACGCUGGGCAAGAAACUGCUGCUCAAACUUAGCCACAAGAAGAGGAAAAAAUCUCGCGAUGGAGACAAAACACCGGAGGACAUUUCAGAGCAGCCGCUGGUGAAAAGUUAACGGACCUGAAAACUCCAUCAUCGGAUGGUCCUUUUGAGCUUUUUGUAAGGACUGUGAGGUUGCUAGACUACGGUUAUCAGAGUUUUAUCUGAAAACACACUCCACACACCCGCACUGUUGGAGAUUUUAAAGUGAACCCAUCACCAAGAAUAUGCUGCUCAUGUGGGCGCGAGAGAGCGUUUUAUCACAAACCUGCAGGUGCUGCAUUGGCAAUAUGCAUUAAACCGUAGCUUCUCAUCUUGACUUCUACAGAUUUUUCACGCUGAUGCUCACAUAUAAAGGAAUGACUGUGAAUGUAUAAGAUUAGUAGAAAAAAUAUGUCAUUUUAUACAGUUGUGAUCACUCACCAUGGAAGUAAAUGGGAUGUCAGUCCACAGGAAACACACGGGAAGACGCCAAAGAUGUUCUGUCCAUACUGCUCCAAAAAAUCGUGCAGGAAUGUCAACAAAAGAACACCGGCUACACUGUACUGAGGUUUUUCUGUUUCAAAUGUUGUUUGAUUUGUUCUCCAUGCAUAUUAUGUAUCUUUACUCUGGAAAUACAAUUUUUCCUUUUAUUUAUCAACUCAUAUAUUUCAGACAAUUUUUGAAUGGCGUUUUUUUUUUCCUAAAUAAAUGUUGCCACCUAUCAAAGUACAGAUGGGGAAAAAGACAGUCCUCAGCCAAGUACAGGUUUAUGGCCAAACGUCUGUGGACAUGCUGGGACAGCCAAGUAGAAAGAACUUGUGUCUGUGCACUUGAGAUAAUGGUCGUUUUCAACCCUUCCUUGUGGGGGUUUUUCGGAGUGUUAUUUGCCUUUUGUGCAAUGAAAAAUGUCAGUUUCUUUGGGGGGUUUCAGAGACAAUAUAUAUGCUACGCUAACAAUCCAACUAGCUUUUUUAAACGUGUUUCACUUGUUUCACUAUGUACAGUUAUCGUCUAGACCAGUGGUUCUCAAAUGGGGUACGCGUACCCCUGGGGGUACGUGAGAUUGUAAAAUAUACAUAUAUUUAAAAAGUAGCAUCCAUGCAAAAAUCCUUUAAAAAUAAAUAUUUCAUAAAUAAUUGAGGAAAAUAUAAGUCUAAAUUCUUAAAAUGAAUUUUAUCUUCAGGAGUAGGCUAUUCAACUUAUUAUCCUAAAACUGCAGAGUAUCCCCCACACCAGGAUGGUUCCACCUAACCUGUCAAUCACCUGGCUUCACCUGUCAAUCACUUGGACCAACGAUGGAGUCGUGGUUGAAGCGUAGCAGCAAUAUUUUUAUGUUUAAUAAAUCAGUUACUGAUGGCACAGUGCUCUUUUUUAGAUCUUUUUUUUAACAACCAAAAGUGCUUUGCGCUGCUUAGGGGGUACUUGGUUGUAUUUCUUUUUUUCUGGCCAAAACAAUUUCUAAACACCGAACCGCUUCAAAUAGGCAUUACUCCGGCUGAGCCUGCCUUGUUAGGGCCUCAUCAAUUAUAAAUGAAUGUCAUUAUUUCUGUUUGUUCUUCACUGGAGGUGAAAGGAAGCCGAGCUUCUGCUGCAGACGCCCUUCACCUUCAAAGAUGCAUCUCUGGAAGUUGCAAGUGUGAUUGUGAAGCUUUCCUGUUAUCUAAAGCAGAACAGAUCUAGGCCUCAACUCCACGUCUAGUGCUAUUAAUGAUUCCCAGAAGUUGGUGCAUAGAUCAAAUAUAUCAGUAUGUAUGUUGAGAACAUGUCUCCAAAUAGCUUAUGUGCAGUUUUGUUGUUUUUGUGCAUGAUGCUGAGGGGAUGGAGAGAUGAGUAGUUUCACAUGAAACUGGUAUCAAAGCUUCUGAAGAGAAGCCAUUCAGAUUAAUCCCAUUCAUCCAUUUUCCUGAUUGUAUUAACCUGCUACCUGGAAAUGCUGUUUUAACUGACGAGCAGUUUUUACUGUUAGAAUUGUGUGUCCUCAUAUCUGAUAAAUCUCUAUGGGUCUUCCACGUAUCAGUGCAACAUCUUUUUCUAGGAAACAGUUUGGAUGUAAGUCUUUCAUGACAAUCGUAUUAGCAGUGAAUGCUGGCAUCACCUGCCCCCCCGGCAGUGUCGCCCCCUAAUGCCAAAUAUUGACCCACUUUGGACGGCACAUGUUUAAAAGAUAAAGACAGAGAGUCAGAUGGAGAUAGUGGAGGGAUAAUGAGCUUAUCGGGGUGGGAGCUGCAGGCAGGAGGACCACGGAGGAGAUACGUGGAUGUAGUGAGGACAGAGGUUGGCUGGUGGGAGAGAGGAGGAUGCAGAGGACGGGGGAAGAUGGAGACGGAGGGUUGCUGUGGCGACCCCUGAAGGGAGCAGCCGGAAGGGAAAGAAGAAUAAAAAGAAGACUGUGGCUGGAGAGAAGAAGACGGGGGGUGUGGUCCUUGCUCCCAGCUCAGCGGCUGAUGCAGCAGGAAACACUUCCCUCCUGGUGCGUUUCUGCCAGACCUGCUGAGUCACUCUGCUGCAUCGGUGCAGCAGCUGCAGCCAAUCAGCAUCUCCCCCAGAGGUCAAACCAACCGCUCCCUCUCCAGCACCGCUGCUGACCGCCCUUUUAUUUAAAGCUGAACUAUCCCACCAUUUCUGCCAUGAUUUAAAUGUGUUCAUUGGAAAUGUGCAUCGUUUCAGCCCUUUUUUGCCGGGCUUUUUAAUGGAAACACGUGUAAGAGGAGAUGAACAAUGUGGACAACAAUUUUGGAGAGACGAGUUUAAUAAUUGUAAAGUGAAAUGCACCUAUGUGAUGAAGUUUUGCAUCAAAAUAUACACAGUUCUAUCAAAU